AUGCCUCAAGAAUUAUUUUUGGAUCCUCAAAUACGUUUUUGGGUAUUUUUACCGUUAUUAUUUUUGAAUUUCUUGGAAGGAAUAUUGAGUCAUUUUACUCUAAUAUUAAUUGGAUCUCCCAAAACUAUACAGUUGUCUCAAGUUGAAGAUAGUCAAGCGAUUGUAAGAGCGAAGUUAUUAAGACAAAAUGGACAUUUAUUAACGUAUAAAGCGUAUCAUAUGAGGCAUAGUUUCUUUAAUAAUCCAGUUAAUGGUUAUUUUGUCGAUGAAACUAAAAAUGAACCAGUGACAACAAUGCAUAAUUUAGUAAAAGAUCCAUCAUUUGUUAAUGAUAUGUUAAAAGGUAACAUAACAAAAAUCAUACCAAUGCUAAUUGGUGGCGGUUGGAUAAAUUGGAUGUUCUCUGGUUUUGUAACAACAAAGCUACCAUUUCCAUUAGCAUUACGCUUCAAACCAAUGCUACAACGAGGUAUUGAAUUAGAAGCAUUAAAUCCAUCAUGGGUAUCAUCAGCAUCAUGGUAUUUCUUAAAUGUAUUUGGUAUACGUAACAUAUAUUCAUUGUUUUUAACUGAAGAUGAAAUGUACUAUGAUGAAAUCAAUUAUAAUAAUGAGAUACUAAUGUCACCAAUGACACCAUCGGGUCGUCCAUUUAAAAUGGAAUGGGAAAAUACAACAAAAGAUGUUGCAUUGCUUCGACCAUCGGUCUCUUGUUUAAUUGAUGGUAUGAAUUUACGUUGCGAUAAGUAUCAACAAUUAAUUGGAUCGCCCGUAAGAAUUUUAAAACUAAUGCAUCGAGCCAUGUUUAAGUUUGAAGUUUCAAGGAUUGUUUUUCAUUAA